AUGGAUGGCACUAAUAUACCAGCACUCGCUAAUGAGUACUGGAAAACCCACGGCCGAAACCCCAAACUCCAACAAGUUCAAGACAUCGGAUUUAUUGAGAUCCUCGAAAAAGCGGGGUUUCCUCUUCGGGCGUUUAUUGAAUGGCAAACAUCUUGCAAUGUUAGAACUGUUUACACAUUCAUCCAAGCUACUUGAAUAAUGGCUGAACUGUUACAAAUAGAUACCUCCGAUCACAACCCCUCAAACUCCUGUGGCCGCCGCCAUCACAACUUUGCCGCCAACUGUUGCCAAAAUUGGCAUGCCUGUCAAUUCCAUCAUUCCCGCUGCUGCUGGCGCAACUACGCCUAGCACUAAUAUGGUAAAUGAUUCUGAUAUCGCCCAUAAAGACGGCUUCAAUGACGACUCUUAUGAGACACUGAAGGCUGGCAUCCAGAAUCUUGGAAUAAACAAGGACUAUGUGCGAAACUGGGACAGUGCCCAUGGUUUCCGGGAGUUUUACCAGAAUUGGUCGCUAUUUCCUUCAUGAUUGAAGUUAUGGUCGAGUGCUGACUAUCUGCAGGAUGGACGGCAUGAUUGAAUCUUUUAACCUCACGAGAGAUCAGGUACUCAUUUCUGUCAUCAAAGAUACAUCCGAAGAAUACACUGUAGUAGCAAAAUCCUCAAGAAGCGCUUGUUCAUUAGGAUAUAUCUGCUUUCAAGAGAAGACCGGUGACAUCGAACUCACCAAUUUCAGAGCUAAGCUCAAGCGAAAGGCCUUGGGAUUCGGAGUCACUUCAAAGCAAAACUUGGCAGAUGUGGCAGGUAAGCACGGAGAAGGUUCCAAAGUCGGGGCACUGGUUCUGGUUCGCAAGGGAUACCAGGUUCGCUAUGAGUCAAAUUCGUAUUACUGGAACUUCUCUCUAGAGGGUCCAUUCAGUGACACUCUGCAGGUUCAGCCCAAUGACAGACCAGGGGAUAGAUAA